UAAACGGAGGCGGCCAUAUUGGAAUUGUGCACAAACUUUUCAAACAACAUAGGUUUUUGUCAAUAACGGUGCCUCGACGAUAAGAAAUAAUCUAGUUAAGCAGCAGCCAUGGCAGGGCUACCCCCAUAUAUGAUUGGCCCAGGGGGUCAGCUGUACACUAUAGGGCAGGUUCAGGUCCCAAUGAUGCAAUCAGUACAACAGAUACCACCCCCAGGACAGCCUCAACCCCCGCCACAACCACCUCCGACAAGAGUACCAGAGUAUAUGCAAGAAGACAAACUCCAGGAAAAAGCAAGGAAAUGGCAGCAGCUCCAAUCAAAGAGAUACAGCGAGAAACGCAAGUUUGGCUUCAUAGAUGCCCAGAAGGAGGAUAUGCCCCCAGAGCAUGUGCGCAAGAUCAUUCGUGAUCACGGAGAUAUGUCAAACAGGAAGUUCCGCCACGAUAAACGUGUCUAUCUGGGAGCAUUGAAGUACAUGCCCCAUGCAGUGUUGAAACUUAUGGAGAAUAUGCCUAUGCCUUGGGAACAGAUCAGAGAUGUGAAGGCUUUGUACCACAUCACUGGAGCCAUCACCUUUGUAAAUGAGAUACCAUGGGUCAUUGAACCUGUGUAUAUUGCACAAUGGGGCACAAUGUGGAUUAUGAUGAGACGAGAGAAAAGAGACAGGCGACAUUUCAAACGUAUGAGAUUCCCGCCAUUUGAUGAUGAGGAGCCUCCACUGGAUUACGCUGAUAACAUUCUUGAUGUGGAACCCUUAGAAGCAAUACAAAUGGAAUUGGAUGAGGAGGAAGAUGUGGCUGUGUCAGAGUGGCUGUAUGACAACAAACCUUUGCUGGAUACUAAAUAUGUAAAUGGAUCAACUUACCGCAAGUGGAACAUGUCCCUCCCUAUCAUGUCGACCCUCUACAGAUUGGCCAAUCAGCUUUUAACUGACCUGGUAGACACCAACUACUUCUACCUGUUCGACUUGAAGUCUUUCUUCACAGCCAAGGCUCUCAAUAUGGCUAUCCCUGGGGGUCCUAAGUUUGAACCCCUUGUAAAAGACAAGGAAAUGGGAGAUGAGGACUGGAAUGAAUUUAAUGAUAUCAACAAGAUCAUCAUUCGUCAGCCUGUCAGAACUGAAUAUCGUAUUGCUUUCCCAUACCUCUACAACAGCAUGCCUUUCCAGGUUCACCUCUCGUGGUACCACACUCCAAAUGUUGUCUUCAUCAAGACUGAAGAUCCUGAUCUACCUGCAUUCUACUUUGACCCCCUCAUCAACCCAAUUUCACACAGACAUGCUGUCAAGGGUACAGAGCCUCUACCAGAAGAUGAUGAAGAGUUUGAACUGCCAGAGUACGUCUCUCCAUUCAUGCGUGAGACUCCGUUGUAUACAGACAACACCUCUAAUGGUAUAGCACUAAUGUGGGCACCAAGACCAUUCAACAUGAGAUCUGGGAGAUGUAGACGUGCUUUAGAUAUACCAAUAGUGAAAUCCUGGUACAGGGAACAUUGUCCAGCUGGAAUGCCAGUGAAGGUCAGGGUUUCCUAUCAGAAACUACUGAAAUACUUUGUCCUGAAUGCUCUGAAACACAGACCACCAAAGGCUCAGAAAAAGAGGUACCUGUUCCGUUCAUUCAAAGCCACCAAGUUCUUCCAGACCACUCAGCUAGACUGGGUGGAGGUUGGUCUACAAGUAUGCAGGCAAGGUUACAACAUGUUGAACUUGUUGAUCCAUCGUAAGAACCUUAACUAUCUCCAUCUGGACUUUAACUUUAACUUGAAACCAGUGAAGACAUUAACAACAAAGGAGAGGAAGAAGUCGAGGUUCGGCAAUGCUUUUCACUUGUGUAGAGAGGUCCUCAGGCUCACCAAACUGACAGUUGAUGGACAUGUACAGUACAGACUGGGAAAUGUAGAUGCCUUCCAGCUUGCAGAUGGUAUACAAUACAUAUUUGCCCAUGUAGGCCAGCUGACAGGAAUGUACAGAUACAAGUACAAACUCAUGAGACAGAUAAGGAUGUGUAAAGAUCUCAAACAUGUCAUAUAUUACAGAUUCAAUACAGGUCCAGUUGGCAAAGGUCCUGGAUGUGGAAUCUGGGCUCCAGGAUGGAGAGUCUGGCUGUUCUUUAUGCGUGGCAUCACCCCCCUGCUAGAAAGAUGGCUAGGGAACUUACUGUCCAGGCAGUUUGAAGGUCGACAUUCUAAAGGGGUUGCUAAGACAGUCACCAAACAAAGAGUUGAGAGCCAUUUUGACCUGGAGCUGAGAGCUGCUGUGAUGCAUGAUAUCCUUGACAUGAUGCCUGAAGGAAUCAAACAGAAUAAGGCCAGGACAAUCUUACAGCAUCUGAGUGAGGCCUGGAGGUGCUGGAAAGCUAACAUCCCCUGGAAGGUACCUGGGCUACCAAUCCCAAUAGAGAAUAUGAUAUUGCGUUUCGUCAAGGCCAAAGCUGAUUGGUGGACAAACACAGCACAUUAUAAUCGUGAGCGAAUCAGGAGAGGUGCGACAGUGGACAAGACAGUGUGCAAGAAGAACCUUGGUAGACUAACGAGACUUUACCUUAAGGCUGAGCAAGAAAGGCAGCAUAAUUACUUGAAGGAUGGUCCAUAUAUCACAUCUGAGGAGGCUGUAGCUAUUUACACAACAACUGUCCAUUGGCUGGAGAGUAGACGUUUCUCCCCCAUACCCUUCCCUCCUCUGUCUUACAAACAUGACACCAAGCUGCUCAUCCUGGCACUUGAGAGACUCAAAGAAGCUUACAGUGUGAAAAGCAGGUUGAACCAGUCCCAGAGAGAAGAGUUGGGUCUCAUAGAACAAGCCUACGACAAUCCUCAUGAAGCUUUGUCCAGAAUCAAACGUCAUUUACUCACGCAGAGAGCUUUCAAAGAGGUUGGAAUAGAGUUCAUGGACUUGUACAGUCAUCUAGUGCCUGUGUAUGACGUAGAACCAUUAGAGAAGAUCACAGAUGCCUAUCUAGACCAGUAUCUCUGGUAUGAGGCAGACAAGAGACGUCUCUUCCCCCCAUGGAUUAAACCUGCAGACACUGAACCUCCUCCUUUGCUGACAUAUAAAUGGUGUCAAGGUAUCAACAAUCUACAGGAUGUCUGGGAUACAUCGGAAGGAGAAUGUAACGUCAUGAUGGAAUCACACUUUGAGAAACUUUACGAGAAAAUAGAUCUUACCCUCCUGAACAGAUUGCUGCGUCUUAUCGUGGAUCAUAACAUCGCUGAUUACAUGACUGCAAAGAACAAUGUUGUCAUUAAUUAUAAGGAUAUGAACCAUACCAACUCAUAUGGUAUCAUUCGAGGUCUCCAAUUUGCGUCAUUCAUCGUCCAGUACUACGGUCUGGUCCAGGAUCUACUGUUGCUAGGGUUACAGAGAGCUAGCGAGAUGGCUGGUCCACCCCAAAUGCCCAAUGAUUUCCUGACAUUCCAAGAUGUUGUCACGGAAUCCUCACAUCCUAUUAGGCUUUAUUCAAGAUAUAUCGACCGUGUUCACAUUUUCUUCAGAUUCACUGCGGAGGAAGCGAGAGAUCUAAUCCAGAGAUACCUUACAGAACAUCCUGACCCUAAUAAUGAAAACAUUGUUGGAUAUAACAACAAGAAAUGUUGGCCUAGAGAUGCCAGAAUGAGGCUCAUGAAACAUGACGUCAAUCUUGGUCGUGCAGUGUUCUGGGAUAUUAAAAACAGACUGCCAAGAUCAGUAACUACCAUACAAUGGGAUGGUAGCUUUGUAUCAGUGUACAGCAAGGACAACCCAAAUCUACUCUUCAACAUGUGUGGCUUUGAGUGUCGCAUUAUGCCAAAGUGUCGACUCACCCAUGAAGAAUUCACACACAAGGAUGGUGUCUGGAAUCUCCAAAAUGAGAUCACCAAGGAAAGGACAGCCCAGUGCUAUCUAAGAGUGGAUGAUGAUUCCAUGAACAAAUUCCACAACAGAGUCAGGCAGAUUCUCAUGGCUUCAGGCUCAACUACAUUCACAAAGAUUGUCAACAAAUGGAACACAGCUCUGAUUGGUCUAAUGACUUACUUCCGUGAGGCAGUUGUUAACACGCAGGAAUUGCUGGAUUUGUUGGUGAAAUGUGAGAACAAGAUACAGACCAGAAUAAAGAUAGGACUCAACUCAAAAAUGCCCAGCAGGUUUCCCCCAGUGGUGUUUUAUACACCUAAGGAAUUAGGAGGUUUGGGAAUGUUGUCCAUGGGGCACGUGUUAAUUCCACAAUCAGAUCUGCGUUGGUCCAAACAGACAGAUGUGGGGAUCACACAUUUCAGAUCAGGGAUGAGUCAUGACGAGGAUCAGCUGAUUCCUAACUUGUACCGCUACAUCAUGCCUUGGGAGUCGGAGUUCAUAGACUCACAGAGAGUCUGGGCAGAAUAUGCACUCAAACGACAGGAGGCCAAUGCUCAAAACAGGCGUCUGACACUUGAGGAUCUCGAGGACAGUUGGGAUAGAGGCAUUCCCAGAAUCAACACACUCUUCCAGAAAGACAGACACACUCUGGCUUAUGACAAAGGCUGGAGAGUGAGAACUGACUUCAAACAGUACCAGGUCCUUAAGCAGAACCCAUUCUGGUGGACUCAUCAGAGACAUGACGGUAAAUUGUGGAAUCUGAACAACUACAGGACUGACAUGAUACAAGCCCUGGGUGGAGUAGAGGGCAUAUUGGAACAUACCCUCUUUAAGGGCACAUACUUCCCAACUUGGGAGGGUCUCUUCUGGGAAAAAGCCAGUGGAUUUGAGGAAUCUAUGAAAUACAAGAAGUUGACAAAUGCUCAGAGAUCCGGUUUGAACCAGAUUCCAAACAGACGCUUCACACUAUGGUGGUCUCCGACUAUCAACAGAGCAAAUGUGUAUGUUGGUUUCCAAGUACAGCUUGAUCUCACUGGCAUCUUCAUGCAUGGCAAGAUACCAACAUUGAAGAUCUCAUUGAUCCAGAUCUUCAGAGCUCAUUUAUGGCAGAAGAUCCACGAGAGUGUAGUCAUGGAUCUUUGUCAGGUGUUUGAUCAUGAAUUAGAUGCUCUGGAGAUAGAGACGGUACAGAAAGAGACAAUACAUCCACGUAAAUCUUACAAAAUGAACAGUUCCUGUGCAGAUAUCUUACUCUUUGCUUCAUACAAGUGGAAUGUCUCCAAACCAUCCCUGCUUGCUGAUUCAAAAGAUGUGAUGGACAACACUACAACACAGAAGUACUGGUUGGAUGUCCAGCUAAGAUGGGGCGACUACGACUCUCACGAUGUGGAGAGAUACGCCAGGGCCAAGUUCUUGGAUUAUACCACAGACAACAUGAGUAUCUACCCAUCUCCAACUGGCACCCUAGUGGCUUUGGAUCUGGCCUAUAAUCUACACAGUGCAUUUGGAAACUGGUUCCCUGGAGCUAAACCAUUGAUCCAACAAGCCAUGGGAAAGAUCAUGAAGGCCAAUCCUGCCUUAUAUGUGCUGAGAGAGAGGAUCAGGAAGGGUCUUCAGUUGUAUUCUUCAGAGCCAACUGAACCUUACCUGUCGUCCCAGAACUAUGGAGAGAUUUUCUCCAACCAGAUCAUCUGGUUUGUUGAUGAUACCAAUGUCUACAGAGUCACUAUACACAAGACAUUUGAGGGUAACUUGACGACGAAGCCCAUUAAUGGCGCCAUCUUUAUCUUCAACCCACGUACUGGUCAGCUGUUCUUGAAGAUCAUCCACACGUCUGUGUGGGCAGGACAGAAACGUCUUGGACAGUUGGCUAAGUGGAAGACAGCUGAGGAAGUAGCUGCAUUGAUUAGGUCUCUCCCAGUUGAGGAGCAGCCCAAGCAGAUUAUUGUCACCAGGAAGGGAAUGUUGGAUCCCCUUGAGGUCCAUUUACUUGAUUUCCCCAAUAUUGUCAUCAAGGGCAGUGAGUUACAGCUGCCUUUCCAAGCCUGUCUUAAGGUGGAGAAGUUUGGAGAUCUGAUCUUAAAGGCUACAGAACCCCAGAUGGUUCUCUUCAACCUUUAUGAUGACUGGCUCAAGACAAUAUCAUCAUACACUGCAUUCUCAAGGUUGAUCCUCAUCCAACGUGCCCUACAUGUGAACAAUGACCGCACUAAGGUUGUUCUCAAGCCAGACAAGACCACAAUAACAGAGCCACAUCAUAUCUGGCCAACUCUAACUGAUGAGGAAUGGAUCAAAGUAGAGGUGCAACUCAAGGAUUUGAUCCUAGCUGAUUAUGGCAAGAAGAACAAUGUCAAUGUUGCCUCUUUGACUCAAUCUGAAAUUCGUGACAUCAUCCUUGGAAUGGAAAUUUCCGCUCCAUCUGCUCAGCGUCAACAAAUCGCUGAAAUUGAGAAGCAAACUAAGGAACAAUCUCAGCUCACGGCAACAACCACACGUACCAUCAACAAACACGGAGAUGAGAUUAUAACAUCUACGACGAGCAAUUACGAGACUAACACUUAUGCUUCACGUACAGAAUGGCGUGUGAGAGCAAUCUCUGCUACAAACCUCCAUCUGAGAACCAAUCAUAUCUAUGUAUCAUCUGAUGACAUCAAAGAGACAGGAUACACGUAUAUUCUGCCUAAGAAUGUAUUGAAGAAGUUCAUUAUUAUAUCUGAUCUCAGGGCACAGAUAUCCGGCUAUCUGUAUGGUGUAUCACCCCCGGACAACCCUCAAGUAAAGGAGAUCAGAUGCAUAGUAAUGCCUCCACAAUGGGGGACACAUCAAACAGUACAUCUACCAAACAUUCUCCCCAACCACGAGUAUCUCAAGGAGAUGGAACCUCUAGGUUGGAUUCACACACAGCCAAAUGAACUGCCCCAGUUGUCCCCCCAGGACAUCACUACACAUGCUAAGGUCAUGUCUGAUAACCCAGCCUGGGAUGGUGAGAAGACAGUUGUCAUUACAUGCAGUUUUACUCCGGGAUCAUGCUCACUGACAGCAUACAAGCUGACUCCCUCAGGGUUUGAGUGGGGUCGUCAAAACACAGACAAGGGCAAUAAUCCCAAGGGUUACCUACCCUCGCAUUAUGAAAGAGUCCAGAUGCUGCUCUCUGAUAGGUUCCUGGGAUUCUUCAUGACACCCUCCUCUGGUUCAUGGAACUAUAACUUUAUGGGUGUAAGACAUGACGCCAACAUGAAGUACGAACUGCAGCUGUCCAAUCCCAAAGAGUUCUACCAUGAGAUUCAUCGCCCGUCACAUUUCCUGAAUUUUAGUAACAUUGAGGAAGGAGAACAGUUCAGUGCUGAUAGAGAAGACAUGUAUGCAUAGAAACUCUAAUUUGCAAAGGUUGCUAAUUUUAAAAUGCAUUGGAACUCUAAUGUGGAUAUAAGAUACUCUAAUGUGCAUAUGAUGUACUCUAAUGUGCAUUGCUACUGUAAUGUGAAUAUAAGGGACUGAAUGUGGAUAUGAGGGACUCAAAAUGUGCAUAUAAGGUACUCUAUUGUACAUCGGAACUCUAAUGUGAAUGCAACCAUUGAAUGGAUAAGAAUUGUUCAGUGGAUAAGAGAAAAGGUAUGCAUAGGAAACUGUAUGUGCAUCACCAUGGCAACAGUAAUAUACGAAGGAAAAUUUGUGUGCAUAGAAACCUGCAUGUACAAGCCAUUGGAUUCAUAGAACCCUUUUGGAAAAUGAUGUACUUUAAAUUAUAGAUUUCUAUAGAAAUUGGAAAGGAUCCCAAUAUGAAUAGUGAAAUAAAAUGGUUUCAUGAAGAACCUGCUUAAUAAUUUAUCAGGAGGAAAGCAAAAUGGAUAACAAAGCACAUUGUAGGAUCAUGAUCAGAUGAAACGUUAAGAACAUUUCAUUUUUUUAUCAAACAAUAUAGAACAUAUCCAUUAUGUGGUUUUUAUUAUCAUCUCAAGUUGAGAUGUGAGGUCAUAACCAUGUAAUCAUGGCUGCUAUGUAAAUAAUAGUGUUACAUUUCAUGAAGACAUUUCAGAUGUAGCAUAAUGACUGAUUAUGUCUGUAUGGACAAAGGACAUUUCUAGAAAAUCUAGUGAAUUUCAGUUGACUCCAUCAAUAUGUCCGUAUCAUUAAUUUACAAUACUUUCUGGAACUGACUUCUGUAGACUAAAGACAGAAUGUUUUAUGAAUCCUGUUCUUUACUCCUAUCCUUUACAUACUAAAGUUUGAGAAGAGAGAACACUCUGACUCAAAUAGGUUUAAUUUGAGACUGAAAACUAUAUUUUGUAAUAAUUACAUGUAAACAAGCCGAGGAAAUAUUUUUGUGGUAAUCAGUCUGUAUAUAACGGGCUAGGGCUAGAAAUAGAUUUUCAGCCGUUUUCUAUUUUUAAUGAGUGUUUAAGAAUAUUAAAGUGGUGUUUAUCAUAAUUUAUGGAUCCAGGGCAAAUGGAGAUCCUCCUCUGAAAAUCAAUGUGUGAACAUGUAAAUCUGCGCAAAUUCAAGUUGUCAUUAAACCACUGCGAAAAUAAAGUACCCAAAGACCAAAGUUGUGGUAUAAAUAAGACUAUACUGGUAGAGUUGGUCGACUAAUAUGGCAAUUAUUGUAAUGAUUUGGUCAUCCGAAGUUCUAAAGUAUAUUUUCAAAAUAGAUGUCAGGCAGAACGUAACAAUUUAUAUCUUCAUUUAUGUAAAAAUGAAUAAAUAAAUAUAUAAAAUAAAAUGAA